AUGGACGAGGCCGAGGGCGAGCGCCGUGAGCAUAUGUGUAUCGCACUCUGGAAUCUCUCGCCACGACGGCCGAUUCUCGACGCGCUGCGGAGUUCAAACAUCGACUCUCAAACUCUCGUCGCCUUUGUGUCGGACAACGGCCCGGACUCUGGCCGGCGAGGGCAGCCGGGGUGGCGAAGCAACUGGCCGAACGCGAUGAUGAUGGGCGACAGCGGCCCUCUCGACGGGAGCAAGAACAUGCUGUCUGACGGCGGCAUUCGUGUGCCUUUCAUCCUGCGGUGGCCGGGCACGAUUCCGGCGGGCCAGGCCGACCCCUCAAAGCUCGACUCAAAUCGGAGCAAUUCAAACCAAAAGGGACUGCUCGAGGUCUACCGCGAGCCAGUCAUGAGCUUCGACCUCUACCCGACCUUCGUUGCCGCGGCCGGCGGCAGCGUCCCGAGGGGGACCCAGCUCUCAGGCACCAACCUACUGCCGUUUGUCGACGGCUCGCGCGCGAGCGGCAGCCCGCACGACGUCCUCUUCUGGAAAGCGGAGCAGGGAUACGCGGUUCGCUGGGGCGAGUGGAAGCUGGGCAAACACGAGGCGCUGUACAAUCUGCGUACCGACAUCGGCGAGCAGGUCAACCUGGCCAGAUCAAGGCCCGAGAUUGUGGCAAACCUCAAGGCAAAGUACCGAGCGUGGUGCCAAACCUUGCCUCGCUCGGCCAGCGGCAUCAACAACUGCUGA